AAACCAUGGAGCAGUUUUUUUCAUUUAUUUUACCCCUGGCACUGUUCUGUUGUGUUUUCCUUGUAUUGUAUAUGUAUUUUGUGAAAUAAGGUUUUAAAAACCACCACAUCCGGCGGGGGGUGACCGCGCUCGUCAACCGCCGUUAAGCGCGAAGAAGUGACCGCGCUUUACGUCCAUUGGUCACACUUCAUCUGCGACGUUCACACUUCGACCAAACAGCGAGUGUUCGGGCACAGCUACACAUUUCCAUUGUUUCUGAACUCUCUUCCCAAGUAUAAAAUGUCAGGUAAUCCAAUGGAACUUAAGGGAUACAUUUUACCUGAGGAGAAAGAAUCCAGAGUGGAAGAUGAAGACGAGGAAGAGGAACAACAGCCAGAAUUUCUCGAUAUGGAGGAAAUAGACAAUGUUGCUUCUGGAGGACGCCGCUUAUUGCGUUCGUCAUUGCGUCUGCAAGAAGUUGACUUCAAGGAUUUCUCUGAAAAAGUCUACCAAGUGCAGGGACACUUCGCGCUCAGGAGUCCGUGGUGGCAGGUGAAGUGUUCUGUACAAAACCGUGGGAACAGGCUGGUAAUGAAGGGGUUUCCUUCCUACAAGCUACGCUCUGACCUGGACAGAGAAGGCUGGAUUUCUAUUGUGUCCCUGUUUCUAAGAGCCUGUGGCGUAGAACCGGAGGUCAUUUCCCACUCGUUUUUCCACUCGUUGCCACCAAACAUAGAAAUCUCUCUUCACAACCUGAUGGAGGUCAUUGAUGAAUUUUCCAAAGCAGGGAAUGAAGAUACAGCAAGCAUGAUUACAACUAGAGUCUCACGUUCAGUUGAUUGGAUGCAAGUCCAGACAUCCCUUCUGCAUCCACAUGUGAUGAAAUACCUGCCAACCCUACUGCCUGGCCAAUUCAUUGACCUGCUGGGAAUCAGAAAGCAAAGGCCAACUCUGCCAGACACUCAGACCCUACAGGCUGGACUAACUACACAGCAAAAUGAUGACAACCAAGAAGGAGAGGUUGACGUCAGCUUGCUGAACAAACUGGAACACAUCAUUAAAAAUGAUGUGUGGAUACUCGGAUUUCGCACUCUUGUGUUCAGGGAGCUGGGACUUGUACGCUGUGAAGCUCCACUCAAGGCGUUUGAAGAAUGUGACAUACUUCAGAAAAUCCCACCACUGCAGCGUCACGCCCUGUUGGUAUACGACAAGAUAAAAAAACACUGUUAUUCUACAGGCAGCACCUACGUGGAUCUGACAGAGCUUUCUAAAAAAAGGUUUCCUGAAAAAUUGUCCAGUGAUCAGGUUUCAGAAGCCAUUAGUUUCCUCAGUGAUGAGCGUGUAGUAGAUGUACCUGAAAAGACAAAGGUGGUAUUGCACAACUUUUAUUUGUAUGAGACGGGCAUUGCUGACUGCCUGCACACCCUGGUGGACCGUGGACAAUGGAACAUCCCUGUAAAUGCUACAGAGGUACUGUAUGCAGCUGCAGUGAAGAGGCAACAGGAGAAAAAGCAAAAUGGAAAUGCAAGCCCUUCAGUUCAGUCAGAUACUAACACAACCCAAAGACCAUCAUCUGCAUCUUCAGAUCAACAGGCUGGAACGGAUUCAGGCCUUUCCCCUAUUAAACUGGACCAAGACCAUGUUCAAGCUGCAAAGAUGAUCUGUGCCAACCCAGUCACAAUCAUCAGUGGAAAGGCUGGCUGCGGGAAAACCACAGUGAUCAGUGAGUUGUUCAAAGCUGCUGUGCUAUGUGAACAGGAGGACAUAGAGAAGGCCUGUGCAGACUUUGAAAAUGAUACUGGAGGAUCCCUUGAGUGGGACGACCCAACAGCCUCACCUAGUCCACCACAGCCAGACAAGGAGCAACCAGCCAUAUUGAGUGAGAAAGAGAUCCUUUUGACUGCUCCUACAGGGAGAGCUGCCUCUCUGCUGUCCAAGAAGACCAAGUUCCAUGCAUACACUCUGCAUCAGGUGCUGUUUAGUUUCAUGAUGAGACAGAAAGAUGAAGAGGAACGUUUUAAAGAGUGGAAGUUCAAGGAUGUUCGUAUCUUGAUAGUUGAUGAGGGCAGCAUGGUCUGUGUCCAGCUCCUCCAUUCUGUCCUCAGAUUGCUCACUGAACGCGCUCAGCUACGGAAGUUUGUUAUACUUGGGGAUGUCAGGCAGCUUCCAAGUAUCCAGCCUGGAAAUGUCCUACAAAACCUGUUUGACAGUCUGAGACCUAUUGGGUGGACUGUUGAGAUGAUGACCAACCACCGUGCAGAGUCCCAUCUCAUUGUUAAAAAUGCUGGACUCAUCGCAGAAAUGGGGGAGAGGCGUCAGUUUGGUCAUCUGGAGUUUGAUGCCAAAGUGGAUAUAGAGGAGUCUGGUAACACACUGUCUGCCGACAAGAAGUUCAUCCUCGUCCGUCUCAACGACAAUUGUGAAUUACAGAGGGCUGUCAAGUUCCUGAUCGAAACUGCACCUGGGCUGGAUGACGAUGCAACUUCACAGUUCAUUACUUUCAGAAGGAAUGAUGUCAAAUUGAUCAAUGAACUUUGCUGUAAGCAUUACAACAAGCACACAACCAGAAACCACAAAAACAAGCUUGCCUUUCAGCCUGGCGACAAAGUCUGUUGCACCAAGAAUGGUUACCUUAUGAACAUUGACGAUACAAACAACAGGAAUGAUUUGAUUCCAGUAGACAUGGCAAAUGAUGCACAGAGUGGGAAAAAGGUGAAGAAAAAUGAUCUGCGUCUCUGUAACGGAGAGAUUUUCUUCAUCACAGAGGACAAAAAAGUGGAAGAAAGAGGACGCAGCAGGCGUUAUGUGACUCUAGAUGAUAGGGACGGACGUGAGUUCACUGUGGACUACAGACAACUGCAGCGGGAGUGCAAGAUGCAGCAUGCCUGGGCCAGGACCAUCCACACCUUCCAGGGUUCAGAGAAUGAGACCAUUGUCUAUGUGGUAGGAAAUAAUACUUGGCCCCAGACAUGGAAGCACAUCUAUACUGCUGUAACCCGGGGGCAGAAACGUGUUUAUGUGGUUACAAGCGACAAGGCCAUUGAAUCAGUCAUCCAGAGGCGUGAAAUCCCAAGAAACACCAGACUUGGAGGUCUGGUAAAGGAACAACUGGUUCAUCCCUGGAUGCUGACAGGCAUGCAGUCAAACACACAAACAACAUCAGCAGGCAGCAAAAGGAAAAUGACACUUUCUGCGGAGCAUGCAGAAGUGCCUUGCAAACAGCCUCAGGUCACAAGCACUAACAGCAGUGUGUGAUGUCCAGAGGUGAUGCUUAAUUCUUACUGUAAUAAUUGUAUUCAUGUUUAACUGUCCAUGUGGGAAAGAGCUAAACAUUAUGAGGCUGUGAUGUGUUUUUUUUUUUUUUUAUGAAAUCUCCCUCUAAAAAAAUAUGAUCAUGAUCAUAAUAUGGCAAUGAUCAUGUAAAAUAAUUGGUCAUCUUUAUAUUAUUAACCAUAAAGUUUUAAAAUACAGUUGAUCAAAUGCACCAUUUAUUAAUUGUUAGAUUAUCUUGUUAAUGUGCAAGUGGCCCUUGGGCAUUUGUUUGUCAUGUUUUAUAGGCUGAAAUUAUUAAAACAUGACAAACAAAUGCCACAACCACAUUAAGGUCUUUUAUUCAAUCCAUGUGCAUGAACUCUUCCUGCAAUGUAUUUAUUCAUCAAACUUCUUCAUUACAUUCACACCUUACAUGGUCUCAGGCAGUGUCUACAGCUUGUAAAGAAAAGAAACUGAAAUACACAGAGUUAGCCAUGGAGGCAGAAGAGCGUGGAUGGAAAGUUAAAGUCUGCCCCAUGGAGGUUGGUUGUAUGGGAUUGUAGCCAAGUCACUGUAGACCUGCCUUCACUCCUACACCCACACAGAACCUGUACUGGUGUUGAUGAUAAUAUAGCUACAGACUCACUGGAAGUGUUAAUAGUCUUCUUUUGUUAGAUAAUCUUGGUAGAACAGUGGUCAG